AUGUUCACAGCAAUCUUUUCCUCAUCCUGCACUCAUCCCUGCUUUGCUCCCUCAUGCUACACUCAUCCCUCCUUUGCUCCCUCUUGCUACACUCAUCCCUCCUUUGCUCCCUCAUGCUGCACUCAUCCCUCCUUUGCUCCCUCAUGCUGCACUCAUCCCUCCUUUGCUCCCUCAUGCUACACUCAUCCCUGCUUUGCUCCCUCUUGCUACACUCAUCCCCCCUUUGCUCCCUCUUGCUACACUCAUCCCUCUUUUGGUCCCUCAUGUUAUACUCAUCCCUCCUUUGCUCCCUCAUGCUACACUCAUCCCUCCUUUGCUCCCUCAUGCUACACUCAUCCCUCCUUUGUCCCUCAUGCUACACUCAUCCCUCCUUUGCUCCCUCAUCCUGCACUCAUCCCUCCUUUGCUUCCUCAUGCUACACUCAUCCCUCCUUUGCUCUCUCAUGCUACACUCAUCCCUCCUUUGCUCUCUCAUGCUACACUCAUCCUUCCUUUACUCCCUCAUACUACACUCAUCACUCCUUUAUUCCCUCAUGCUACACUCUUGCUCCCUCAUGCUACACUCAUCCCUCCUUUGUCCCAAUUCACACCGUUACAGCGCCUCACAUUCAUUCCCCCUCACGCCCACGGCCCCCUCGUCCCCUCAGGAUUGUCCAACUCUGGCUACCAGGAGCAUGCUAGGAAUGUCCUGACACGCGAGCGCGUCAGAGUUAUGCCUGAGCACUGA